AUGGUAAAUCUAACGACACAAAAGCGAUUAGCCGCUGCUGUCCUCAAGUGCGGUGAACGCAAGAUCUGGUUGGACCCAAAUGAGGCCAACGAAAUCUCAAAUGCAAACUCUCGCCAAAACAUCCGCAAACUCGCCAAAGAUGGUCUGAUUAUCCGAAAGCCACAGACAGUCCACUCUCGAUUCCGUGUCCGUGAAAAGGCCGCCGCAAAGAGUCUGGGUCGUCACAUGGGUACUGGUAAACGACGUGGUACUGCCGAUGCUCGUAUGCCUACCGCUGUCUUAUGGAUGAGAAGGAUGCGCGUAUUACGUCGUCUUUUGCGCAAGUACCGUGAGCAAAAGAAGAUUGAUAAGCAUCUAUACCACUCGCUCUACAUGAAGGCAAAGGGUAACGUCUUCAAGAACAAGCGUGUAUUGAUGGAACACAUUCACAAGGCUAAGGCUGAAGCUGCCCGUACAAAGACUUUGGCUGACCAAGCUGAAGCCAUCCGUGCCCGAACCAAGGCUGCCCGUGAACGUCGUCAACAACGUGUCGCCGCAAAGAAGGAGGGUGUUGAAGAAGCUGCACCUGCUGAAGUCGCUGCCGAAGCUCCAGCUCCUGCUGCUGCUACACCUGCACCAACAAAAGCUGCUAAAGGUGCUAAACGAUCGUAA